UUACAAUUGGUCGGGAAGCACAAGAUUACACCCAAAUCAGCCCAAUGCGCGAGUUAGGUUAGGUUUUCAUUCCUCUCUCUCUCUCUCUCUCCCUCUCUCUCUCUCGCAGGUUCUCUCUUCUCCGCCGAAACCCCUCUCUCUCUAUUUUCUCUACUUCGAUCCCCUCACUCUCAGUCGAUCAGCUACCGCGCCGCCUCAAGACCUGCACGCAGGUUAUGCUGCAUGCUAGGUCUGUUUUUAUUGGUUAGUUUCUGUUUUUAUUAAAGGAGAGAUGGACCUAUUUGAACACUUGCCUAGUAGCAAUGACGCAUGUUCUUGUUCCGCAUCCACAACAAUUUGAACACUUGCCUAGUAGUAAUGAAGCAUGUUCUUCUUCUGCAUCCACAUCAUCACCGUCACCUACUAUACCAAUUCCCCAACCUCAAGUCCAAACACCAAUUCAGUCCCAACCUUAAGCCCAAAAACCACCUCAACAGAGUGGUCUUCCACAAUUACCUCCUUCCGGGGACUAGAUAAUCAUCCAUAGAAAAAUCAGAGUCUAUUGCUUUACUCUUCUGAAUCAAGAGAAACUUUCCGCUUUAAGAAAUUGUCAUAAUCAUAUAUCGUUUAUUUUUAAAGUGAGCGCAAUGGCAGGCAGAGAAGUUCGAGAGUACACCAAUCUCUCCGACCCAAAAGAUAAGAAAUGGGGGAAAGGGAAAGAUAAGAUAGACGAUGAAGACGUCACAUUCCAACGCAUGGUUGCCAAGGGAUCUUGGCUUCUUCUACUGGGUGGUUGAUGCAAGCCAGAUGCAAGAGGUUGCAGGAGAACGUGGAGGAUACCUUCAUGGCCGAGGCGCCUUGGACAGUGAUGACCUACUAUAUCUCAAGGAGCAGAUGGAAGCUGAGGAGGAUGCAGAGCGCCUCCUUCGUCGCACUGAGAAGCGAGCAUUUGCUGCAUUUAAGAUAUCCUUUCAUGAAAUUUCUUCUAGCCUCUCUGCAUGCAUAGUCUGCACACAUUGGAUUAUUACAUCUCUCUCCUCUCCCUCUUCUCUCUUGUCUUCCUUAACCAAUGAACACAAAGCUGCAAGUCUGGCAGAUUCUUCACCUGCAUCGGUUCCCUUGCCACUUCGUGUUGAGCCCAAGCAAAAGAGUGGGAUCAGACAGCAAGAUCUACUGAAAAAGGUCAUCGAAAUUAAACCCAAGCGGCAUAAAGUUUCAAGCAGAUCUGAUGGUAAUCAGUCCCACCCAAAUUUGAUUGUUAGUGCUUCGACAAAUCUUGAGUCUGAAAAUGACCAAGUGAGGGACAAAGUGCAUGUGUCGUCGUCACACAGAAUAAAGGGCGAGUCUGAAGGGAAAACUACAGCCAAAAGUUUGUUAGGAUUAGCAUAUGCAAGUUCUGACAAUGAAGAGGAUUAAAGAAACAACUCUGAUGGAGCACAAUUUUUUUUUCUUUCUUUUCUUUUUUCCUCAUUACAUAGUAAUUUGUUCUUAGCACAAAAUCUCAUAUACCUAUAUUUACUAAAUGCAAUGUUUGUGGAAGUAAAAUAGAAUUUGGUUAAUACAGCAUGUCUAGAGAAGCACGGUGUAAUUUGUUUUUGAUACUUGGGGAUGGUUGCCAUCUUUGAUGUGCCUUUUCCCUA